AUGUUCAAGAUUGUUUUAGCCACUUUGUUGCUUGUUGCAGUUGCCGCUGCUCAAAAGACCUACCCACAAAUCCCAACUACUUUCACCUCUGCCGUUGAAAUUAGCAAUGACCAAUUGCCUUUCCCAAUCCAAGGAAAUUUUUACUUUUCACUUGGACAACAAGCCCAAAGAGUCGAUGUAAGCCAAUGGGGUGCUUCCCAAACCAAGUUGGAUCGUUAUGAUCUCAUGUUCUCUUUUACCUAUGACGGUUCCAACUGUCAAGUCGACCCAAUCACCGACCCACAAAGCUCAUACUCUGUCCUCCCAGGUUCCUCAUACGAAGGUACCACCGACAUUAACAAUGAUGAAGUCACCGUCUGGUACUUUAACAUGAUGGAUCAAGCUUUCAUCACCCUCUACGUCGACGCUGCCACCAACCAAAACUUGGUCCGUGCCAACAUGACCUCAUCCAACCCACAAGCCUCUAUGACCACCAUCAUGGACUUUUCCGAUUUCACUGCUGGUGUCCCAUCCGGAGCCUUCCAAAUCCCAUCAUACUGUGUCAUCCCAACCCCCAAGCCAAUCACCCCAAUUCCAGCCAACGUCUGUCCAAACAACCCACCACAAGGAUGCUCUUGUGCUCCAGCCCUCACUUUCUGUAACCAAGUCAACUACCCAGUUGCCGGUUCAGCUGUAGACUUUGCCACUGUCGACGGUAUGAUCUCUGACAUGUACAACCAAUUCACCCAAUUCACCAGCCCAUCUGCCAACUGUGCCUCUGCCACCAAGGCCUUCCUCUGUGCCACCAUGUUCCCACAAUGCUCCAGUGGCAUCAUGCCAUUACUCCCAUGUGCUGGUCUCUGUAUCUCCUGUGCCUGUGGUGGUCCAACCUCUGCCUGUGCCGUCACCAACGGUACUGCUUGCACUCAAUACGGUAGCAACAGUUUUUGUUAA